GCCAUGCAGAUGUGUCGCAGAUUUUAAAAGUCACUGUGCGCACAGAAAGAUCUAGUACGAGGAAAUGGGACGUUGAAAAGCGUUGAAAACUGAAGCCAAAGCAAAACUGCGAAGAAAACAGUAGGACAGAAGGAGGAGGACAUCACCGAUUCCUCUCAUCUACACUCACUUUAACGAGCAAAGCGCACUUCCAAAUACAUAUACACAGCCCCAGGGUUAUUUAUUCAAAUAUAUUAAAAAGCGCAAAUAAUCCCAUGGAACUGUCAGCAAUCGGAGAACAAGUGUUUGCUGUGGAAUCGAUCAUAAAGAAAAGAGUGAGGAAGGGGCAUGUGGAAUAUUUACUAAAAUGGAAGGGGUGGCCCCCAAAGUACAGCACUUGGGAACCCGAGGAGCAUAUCCUGGAUCCCCGGCUUGUUCUAGCAUUUGAAGAGAAAGAACAUAAGGACAGAGCAGUGGGUUGGCGUAAGAGAGGACCUAAACCGAAAAGACUUCUUGUGCAGGGCAUUUACUCAAUGGAUCUCCGCAGUGCACACAAAGCAGCAGAGAAGUCUCCAGGGCAUCUGCACCUGGCCCUUACACACCCCCUUGAUCCACAGACUGGACAUGCAGCGCAGAAAUUCUGUUCCAAAGAAAGUGAUGUAUAUCAUCAACUAGUUCAUCAAAAAAGAAAGAAGAGAAAGCUCGAAGGGCCUACAGUGGAAGACUGGGAGGAGUUGGAGAAUGACGACAACUAUGAAGAGGAGGUUAUAAGACAGGAAGAGACUGGCAGGGCCACUCUAAACAGCAAUGUGGACAUAGAGGAUUGGAGUCCAGUAACUGGAUCAGAGGAAAUGACAGUGUCUCCAGUGUGUGAGGAAUGGAGGCCAGUUAUGGGUCCAGAGGAGGUAACUGUGACAGAUGUCACCAUCAAUUCACUGACAGUUACUUUUAGAGAGGCUUUGGUUGCUAAAGGCUUCUUUAGAAGCUGGGAACUGGAACUGUAAUACAGAAACAUGAUAAAGUAUGAAGAUGUCACGUGAGACCGAAGGUGGGAGACGUGAAACGUGAGACUUUCAUCGAAUGCACUACAUGUAUUGAGGUUUUACAUAAUUCUUUCUACUGGCAUUUUUUUAACAUUUUAUGGUAAAUUGAUGAGUAGUAGAGCAAACAUCCUCAGCAUGAGAAGUCUCCACUUCAUGCUCAGCUUGGUUCAAUUCACUGUUAUUUGUAUAGAACUUUAAACAAUGGACAUUGUCACAAAGCAUCUUUACAGAAAUAUAUAAAUGCAGUAUAUACAUUUUAAAUGUAGAAAUACAUCCCUAAUGAGCAAGCCAGAGAUGUCAGACGAUAUAAAGAAGAAAACUUGAUGGGAACCAGACUGAAAAGGGAACCCGUCCUCAUCUGGGUGAUGCAGGAUAGUGCAAUUAUAAAUAAAUCCCUUCUAUAACUAUGUACUAUAUGGUCAAAAACUGCAGUUGUGUAACCAGGAAAUUCAUUCUAGUUUUAACAUGAAGUCUGUUUGCUAGUCUGUCAUGCUAAAUGUAUAUAAACAAUUGCUAUCAAUGAAGCAGUUGCAAAUUUCAAAAAUGCAGUUUUAUAUUUGAAGCCUGUGAGUGAAUAGAAAAGAUACCAAAAUUACGUAUACUCACAUUGUACUGCUACUUGAAGGCGUGUUUAUUUAAGUACAUGUAAAGGUACACUUUAGCUGUACAUAGCCUUAUUUGUAACUUGAAAUCAGUAAAUAAAAUUGCUUAGCACAGAAGACAUCAGCAAAGAAGGGGCUCUCGUGUGCACACUUUUAUUAGUUUAAACAAAAAUAAUCAUUUUUUAGGAAACUGUAAAUGAAUUAUUUAAUGAAAUGAUUAGCAUCGUCCCAUUUAUAUGAAAUGAUUAGUGCUGAUGUCACAGCAACAGGACAUAUCUGUUGGGGUUUUGGGUACCUCUGACAGAAAUAUGUCAUUGCAAACAAGAAUAUUAUAACUUCAGAUGUGCUGUGCACCCCCUUCUCUUAAUCAUUAAUCAUGACGAGCCAAUCCACAUUUAUGUAGUAUUUAAGUAUCCAAAACUUGGAGGAUGCAGUUCUAUUGUCCCGUUCAUAAACUCCUUAGAAUUAUCUUCUAUAGUGUUAUUUUAAUACAUACAUUUUCAAGUGUUCAGUGCUGUUUUACAAAAAUAAGAGCAGAAGUGAAAGAUCACUCAGAAGGUGGCAGCACAGGUAAAUUCUGCUGUCAGCAUCACAUGCUCUGUGCCAGAACUGAAAGUGAAAAAAUAAUAACAGCAUGGUCAGUGGAUCUCUCGAAAUGUUGUAGUGGGGCUCAUGACCACUUAAGGCUGAUUACCACUAUGCUAUACUUCCCUUCAUAUUUGAGACUGUUGUCAUGUCCGAAAGCAGUUUUAUAUCAAACUCUACUGCUACCCCUUUUUGAUUUCCAGAUUUAAGAUUAUUCCUUUUAGCUUGACCACUAAUAUACCCUUUUAAUGCUUCUGAUUCAACCUUGACUUCAUAGCACUUUAUUAAUAGUAGUUUCCUAUGGCUAUGCCAAAUCUGACUAAUAAAACUUAACAAAAAAGAUGCCCAAUAAAUUAUUACUUAAAUAAAGUUGUGAAAUAUUUGGAUCCAGUGUUAUUAAAGUAAAAUGAGUCAAUUAAAAAAAGUUUUUAAAAUAACAUUCAGCUUUUACAAGUACAUGAGUACAGUACUCUUAAACAUGUACCAAUGGCAGUUAUGGUAAAAAUGGUCAUUUAUAAAACUUAUUACACUUCAGAGUUUACUCUAGUGGUCAUAGUAUUUUGUUUUUUCCUGUUUUUACCUGUUGAAUUUUAUUUUAUUUUAUUUUAUUUUUUUUAUUGUUCAGCCAUUUAUUUCUGGGGAACUGUCCAGAUUUGAAUGAGCACCUAUAUGUUCCAUAUUGUGAAUAGUUAUAGCCUUAUGCAAUAAUCCACUAUAUACAAAGGGGUCUUUACAAUUGUUUAUCUUAACCAUCACACCAUAAAGGUACUGAAGCUGAAGCAUCAUAAACUAAAUUCCUAUAUGUCAUGCUUAUCUGCAAAUGUUGUGUACUGCACAAUAGAAAAUGUGUAGUCCGAGCAUUGUUAUGAUCCAAUAGAUGUGUGAAAGCUUACUGUAGUCUAUUUUGAGUAGAAAACAGUAGCACCAGCUAAAGUUGACCUGUGAAAUGUUUUACCAGCAGCAUAAUGUUGUUGCUCAGUAACCAUAUUCUUGUGCAGACGUUUGUGACUGAUUGGCUUCAACGCGUCUGACAGUACCUAAGCUGUCACGGAUAGAAUGAUCCUGUUUACACCUGGCUAUUUGAUGUGCUGUGUAUGUAUUGCAUACUAACAAGAUUUUAAUCUCAUGCAUUUACAUUAGUUACACUGAUUCUCUCAGUGGCAUUUUUAAAGGUGUCAACAUGCAUAAUUUGGCACGGGUAUAACUUUAGAUAUGCCACAAUAUAAUAUCAUGGUACAAUAUUUUAAAAGAAUAAAUUAUGAUAAGGAGUGAUAUAGGAACUUAUAACAAUGUGGUUUAAUUGUGCCUGGUAUUUGCAGCAAAGGCCUGCUCUGUCCCCAGAAUUGAUCAUUUCCCUGUACCAUCAUGGCCUGAAUUGUUUUAUUCUUCUUAUAUCACAACAGUUCACCAACAAUUACAAUUUUUAUUUAUUAACGAAUUAUAUUUGAUUUAAAUAUC